UAUAUUUGUCGAAUAUCAUCUAUCAAUAAAAAAGUAUCUGCUAUUUUCUCAUUUACAACUCACCAGCAUAGAAUCAUGAACACAACCAUGCCUUCAAACACCACCAAAGAAGUGGUCCACGACCUCUCUCCUUAUCUUAUGGAGUACACAGAUGGAACCAUCGAGAGAUUCGUAGUUACACAUAAUGUCCCACCGUCACCGGAGGACCCAACUACUGGCGUAGCCUCCAAAGACAUAAUGGUCAGUUCACCGGAGGUUAAAGCCAGACUAUUCCUCCCAAUCCCAAAGUUAACAGACUCCAACCAAAAACUCCCCGUUUUAGUCUACUACCAUGGCGGUGGAUUUAUCGUUGAAUCCCCCUAUUCUUUGCUCUUCCACCGUUACAUGAACAGUUUAGCCGCCGAAGCAAAAGCUCUAAUCGUUUCUGUUGAAUACAGGCUCGCCCCUGAAUACCUUCUACCUAUAGCCUAUGAAGAUUCAUGGACUGCCCUUCAAUGGGUGGCGUCGCACGUUAUUGCAAACGCUAGUAUCGAAAAGGAUGAAUGGGUUACUAAACAUGGUGAUUUUGGCAAACUGUAUAUCGGCGGCGAUAGUGCAGGUGGAAAUGUAGCGCAUAAUAUUGUUCUCCGAGCUGGGGUGGAACCGUUGCCUGGGGAUGUGAAAAUCUUAGGUUCAUUUCUAUCUUGUCCUUAUUUCUGGGGAUCAAAACCAGUUGGGUCGCAAUCAAAAGAAAAUUUGAAAGGUUUUGCUUAUAAAGUUUGGAUGUGUAUUUAUCCACCAGCCUCUGGUGGGAUUGACAAUCCAAUGAUCAAUCCAUUUACAGAGGACGCCCCGAGCUUAUCCGGGCUGGCAUGUUCAAGGCUGCUGGUUUGUUUAGCAGAGAAGGAUGCAUUUACGCCUAGAGGCAUUCUUUACGUUGAGACUCUGAAGAAAACUGGGUGGAAUGGCGAAGUGCAGCUGGUGGUGGUUGAUGGCGAGGAUCAUUGCUUUUAUCUGCCCAAUCCUAACACUGAGAAAGCAAAGGAUCUGAUUAAGCUUUUGGCUUCUUUCAUUUCUUAAACAUGAUCUUCUCAAGUAAACAUGCAGAUUCCGAUUGUUGUAGAAAUUUCUGUAGAACAUGUUUGUUUAAGUAAAUAAUGUUGAAAUAUAAGUAAAUAAGUUUUUA